UGCAACAUAUUAAAGCCUUGACUCAAACAGAAUCAUUUCUUCUGUAACCGAAAGCUUAUGUGGAUAAUUUGCUGACGUGACGAGGAGUGUUUGUGAGCAAGUACAGCACUUUGCCUUAUUGUUGCUCCUUUUCCACAAGAAAAACAGCAGUGUCACAAUGGCAUCACCGUCACCACCAGUCUCUUUGGACAAGGCCAACACCACCUUCUGUCUGGAUCUGCUCAAACAGCUGAGUGAAGAAGACAAGACGGCAAAUAUCUUCUUCUCUCCUUUCAGCAUCUCCUCAGCUCUGGCUAUGGUGAUGCUGGGAGCCGGAGGCAACACAGCCUCACAGAUAUCAGAGGUUCUCUGCUUCACGGAGAAACAGCAGCCGCCGGCGCCGGGAGAAAUUGUCAGUGAGAAGCCGUCAGCGAUGCGGUCACAGAUGAACACGCGUCUUCAGAUGCAGACACAAAUACAGCAAAGCACCAGACUGCCAAAGUAUCUGCUCGAGGUCUUCUCUGGCUGUUCGCAGUGCCUGAAAAAUCGGAACAGUGAGGACGACGUCCACGCCAAAUUCAGCAAACUGCUGGAAACGCUCAACAAUCCAGAUGUGCCGUACAACCUCAGUGUUGCCAACAGACUCUACGGGGAGCAGACAUUCCAGUUUCUUGAGGGUUUUUUAGCAGGAACCAAAAAGCACUAUAAUGCAGAGCUAGAGUCUUUGGACUUUAAUUCCAAUGCGGAGGAGGCCAGGGUCAAAAUCAACAGCUGGGUGGAGAAAAAGACUCAAGAUAAAAUCAAGGACCUGCUGGCUAGUGGCGUGGUGGACAGCGCGACCGUUCUGGUGCUGGUCAAUGCCAUUUACUUCAAAGGAAACUGGGACCAACAGUUCGAGGAGGACUCUACUAUUGAUGCUGACUUCAGACUAAACAAGAAUGAUACUAAACCAGUGAAAAUGAUGCGCCAGAAGAGUAAAUUUUCCUUUGCCACCAUCCCUGAGGCCAACUGCAAAAUUCUCGAGAUGCCCUACGAGGGGAAGGACCUAAGCAUGUUCAUCAUCUUGCCCAAUGACAUAGAGGAUGAUACAACAGGUCUGGAGAAGCUGGAGAAGGAGCUCACCUACGAGAAGUUUGUGGAGUGGACUCAUCCAGAUUUAAUGGGUCAAACUGAGAUCGAGGUGAGGCUGCCGCGAUUCAAGAUGGAGGAGACGUAUGACAUGAACGACGUCCUGAAGAGCAUGGGCAUCGUCGAUGCUUUUGAUCUUACCAAGAGUGACUUCUCUGGAAUGUCUCCAGCAACUAACUUGGUGCUGUCAAAAGUCGUCCACAAGGCCUUUUUGGAGGUAAAUGAAGAGGGAACUGAGGCUGCGGCUGCCACUGCUGCCGUCAUUUCGGAGCGCUUCAUAAUGAUUCCUGAGGUGUUCAUUGCAGACCACCCCUUCCUCUUCUUUAUUCUACAUAAAACCGAAAAGAGUGUCCUGUUUGUGGGUCGAUUCUGUUCCCCAGUGUGAGCCUCAAUGGCGGGUUAGAUCUCAUAGAGCUCAGGGUUUUCAGGGUUUAUAAUCACUGCACUGGAAUGAGUCCACGCCUUAUGCACCGCUCUAGCUUUAAAGCCAGGAAAAUCCUCAAAAUGGGGAAUGUGGCUCUGUGCAGCAAACCUUCACUUUUACAUCUGGAACUACCAAAAAGAAAGAGUUGCGGUGUCUGUUGCUUGCAGAUGUGCUUGAGCUGAAUCCCAGACGUCAAUGAUUUUUUUGAAAUAGCCUUUAAUUUGCUUGUAGAUGAGUAGGAAAAAAAUCACUGUCCUUAUGCUGAAACAGGUUGCAAUUUCACAUCAUAGUAGGUCAUUAAUCAAACUGGGGCAAAAAUGCAAAUAAAGAUAAACACCGUG